GGGUGCCUUGUUCCAUGCAAGAGUGUUCCCGAAGUUUAUGUGUUCUCUGGAAGUCACGGUAGAAUCUAGGCGGUGGACUGGGAUUCAAUUAGUGCCUCUCUGUUCUAGGGUGCAUCACCCCGGUUAACGAGCCAAUUAGCUUUGGCGCUUGAUGCUUUAUUAGCGUCACCUGUCUUCUCAUCUUCAUUAUAAUCGUCAGUUUCCCGAAGUUGCAUUUCUCUCUUUCUCUAUCUGUCCAGGACCAGUCGGAAGUGCAGCGCUCUUCGGUAAAAGUUUUUGAAGUUUGUAAAAAAAAAAAAAUGCACAAACAGGAAAAACCACUGUCGAUGCUAUGGGGUUGUGAACUCAGUGAGUCAAAGAUGGAGGAAACGUUCAAAACGGAUGAUACAAAUUACCAACAUCAACUCGCCCUGAGAACUAUGUGUCUGGGCGCAGGCGCCAAAGAAGAGUUCAACAUUGUGGAGUUGAUGACUGGAGAACCAGCUAAUGGUGAAGGUAUAGCCGUGGCGACCCUGCAUGCCAACAGUAUGCCCAUGGUCAAUCUCUCUGGCCUUGAACUCCACCCACCUGUUACCUUCAGGCUGAAGAGUGGUGCUGGACCUGUGUACAUCUGUGGGGAACACAUUGCAUUGGAGGAUGACUUCUCAGGCAUGGAGAGUGAUGAGGAGAUGGAGGACGAGGAGGAUAUUGAGGAGUCUCCAGUGAAGCCUAAGAAGGCAGUAGCGAGUGGAAAUGCUGCAGGCAAGAAAAAGAAGCCAGAGGCAGCAGAUGCACCUGUGUCGGACGAUGAGAACCCUCCCAAAAAGGGAAAGGGGAGAGGAAAAAAUAAGGGAAAGUAAUCCCAGGUGCUGCUGCUCAUCCAAAUGUUCAAUACAGGGAUUAAACUAAGGCUGUUAAUCCUGUACAUGUCGGUGCUUUAAGUAAAUCAUUUGGAAGAAGUG